GCAGAGCUGUCGGCAAAGAGGCUGCCCUGCUGAGAAAAAAACAGAAACAACAGGAACAAGUAAAAAAGAGCAAUGCAUCCAGAUGCUGGAUGGAGAACAAAUAUCACAGCGUGAGGGAGAAGAGGGAAAAGAUGAGAAACUGGGGCACAAGCAUAUUAUUGACUUGCAUCAACAUCACUAUGGACCUAGAGGAAGUGGGAGUCGAGGAAGAGCAAAGCCAACAGAAGUAGUGACAAGACUGAAAAAAGCGCUGACGGCAGGCGUGUGAAGGUGCAUCCUACCUGGACCGGAGAGAGACUCCUCACCUUCUCUUCCUAGUUUCCUCCUGUCUCCCUGUCCUCCUGUCUCAUAUCAGUUCUCUGACCCGGUCUCCUCCUCCUCCCUCUCCCUCUCUCUCUCUCACUCUCACACUCUCUCUCUCUCUCUCACACGCAUACUACUGCUCGCUCUCUCUUCUUACAGUCAGACCAGGGAAGCACAGUGCCUGGGUUGCAUCUCCAUCUCUCUCCGUCUGUUUCGCUCCUCCGUUUCUCCACACUCUCUCCACCUCCUCUGAUUGUGAGUCUGCAGCUGAAAUCCUGUUAGGAGAACAGGACACAGGAGAGAGAACACCAGAGGGGCAUACAUUCUUUUGAGAUCCCUCAAAGAACUGACGGGUUUUUGUUCUUUUUGGCCUUUGAUGAGUGACCUAAUCUGCUGCUUCUCUUCCCCAAGAAAAGACUUGAGUUGAAGACUUGAUGUGAGAGCAAGAACACAGAGAAAGAGCUCUUUCGCAGCUUGAUUUUUCUUCACAGAACCAAGUGAAGAGAGAAACCUAAUCCUUUUUAAAAAAAGAACUUCAAAAGGAACAGAAGAGCGUUUGUGCAGACUUUGACUAAAAGAACGAGAUGCUGAGAGAGAGAUUUUGAACACGCGCUUUUUGUGACUUCAGCGCUCCUUUUACAGGCUGGUUCCGCUCCCUCUGUCCCAUCUGUACUUCUGUGUGCCAGGCUCUGCUCCCUCUUCUGAAGCUCAGCCAUGCAGGUGUCCAUCGCCUGCACGGACCACAACCUCAAGAGAGGCAAUGGAGACCACAGCAAGCAAAGCGCCACCAGCCCCAACGUGGUGAACCAAGCCAAGGCCAAGUUCCGCACUGUGGCCAUCAUUGCUCGCAGCUUCGGCUCCUUCACCCCACGCCACAUCUCACUCAAGGAGUCAACGGGGAAACACACGGGCAUGAAGUACAGGAAUCUGGGAAAGUCUGGACUCAGAGUGUCUUGCUUAGGACUGGGUACAUGGGUGACAUUUGGAGGACAGAUAACAGACGAGGUUGCAGAGCAGCUAAUGACCAUUGCAUAUGAGAAUGGAGUCAAUCUGUUCGACACAGCUGAGGUCUAUGCAGGAGGCAGGGCCGAAGUCAUUCUAGGAAACAUUAUCAAGAAGAAAUGCUGGAGGCGAUCCAGCUUGGUCAUUACAACUAAACUCUACUGGGGAGGAAAAGCAGAGACAGAGAGAGGAUUGUCAAGAAAGCACAUUAUUGAAGGUCUGAAAGGCUCUCUACAGAGGAUGCAGUUAGAGUAUGUGGAUGUAGUUUUUGCCAACCGCCCGGACAGCAAUACUCCCAUGGAGGAGAUCGUUCGAGCCAUGACCUAUGUGAUAAACCAAGGCAUGGCAAUGUACUGGGGAACGUCACGGUGGACGGCCAUGGAGAUCAUGGAGGCGUAUUCAGUGGCAAGACAGUUCAAUCUGAUCCCUCCGGUCUGUGAGCAGGCAGAGUAUCAUCUCUUCCAGAGGGAGAAAGUAGAAGUGCAACUGCCGGAACUUUAUCACAAGAUAGGAGUUGGAGCAAUGACAUGGUCACCGCUGGCAUGCGGCAUCAUCACAGGAAAAUAUGAAAAUGGCAUUCCUGAGACCUCGCGAGCCUCCAUGAAGUCAUACCAGUGGCUAAAGGAGAAAAUAAUAAGUGAGGACGGAAGGAAGCAACAGGCAAAGCUGAAAGAACUGAACCACAUCGCAGAAAAGCUGGGCUGCACACUGCCUCAGCUGGCUGUGGCCUGGUGUCUCAGGAAUGAAGGCGUGAGCUCAGUCCUUCUGGGAACUUCCAACCCUGAACAGCUCACAGAAAAUCUUGGGGCCAUACAGGUCCUUCCUAAGAUGACCUCUCACAUAGUGACUGAAAUUGACCACAUCCUUGGCAACCGACCGUACAGUAAGAAGGACUACCGCUCUUAGACCAGACAGUACUGACCUACUUCAUCAUACUGCUACCAUGGAUCAGCCGUUCAAUGUUAAACCUUCUAUGGUUCACUCCUUGGGCCCCCACUCUGGAACAGCCUGGAACAGACAGCUUUGCAAAGCCCAGCAUCACACCUCUGACUUAGACUUGUCCUGCUCAGAUCAGCCCCACCAGGUUCACCAUCUCAGGUCCAGUGCAGCUCAGCCCACAGAGAAAUGCUUGACAAACUUCGCUCUUUGUAGCAUAAACACCUUUAAAUCUAUCUGUGUGUAUUGGAACUUUUCCUUUCCUUGUUCUGCACAAGCCUGUUCACAUGUUACUAUGCAGAACUGUGUCCAGCCCGUUUUUGACGUUCAGAUCCAGUGCCAUGCUGACAUUAUUUAGAGCAGUCUAUCCCCGUUUCAACUGUAUCUAGAGGCCUCAUUUCUAAAUUCAACACAUUAAGGCUAAGUAGUUUUUAGUUUUAGAGAUAAUCAGCUUCUCUUGGAGUUGUUAUGAAAUAAAAAGAACUGCAGGGGGAUUUAAAUCAACUGUGUUGUUCAAUGUCAUCUGGUGAAUAGAUGGUAAACUGCAUUACUUAUUCACUUUAUCACUCAGCCGAUGACUCAGUCCCCUUAGUGUCAAGUGUUCCUCUCUAAUAUCCAAACUUGCACCCACAAUUAAAAUCACUUGAGCACAAAAAUCAAAGUGAACACAGGUUUUUAUUAAUGUACCAUUACUGAAUACAUUAAAGCUCUUUAGACUUGUUUUUCUUUUAAAACAGAUGGUACCUCAGGCUGCAAUCUUAAUGAAUGAAUGAAUGAGGCCUCAAUAAACAAAUGUCUGCUUUCAAAUAUCCACCAAAUGUAACUUCUAUACCUACCAAAUAUCCAGCUAUGUAUCCAGUUUAGUGCAAAAUAGCAUUCAGUAGAUAUUAGACUGCGUUUCCUGAGCAUAUUAUCCAGCACAUGCAUGUGUCUCCUGCUCUAGGGUGCAUUUCUCUUUUAUUUCAUUUUCAGCAAAGCACAUAAUUAAAUGACCAAAGGGAGUUUGGUCAAAAUAAUGUACUGUGAAGCAGAGGAUUGUGGGAUAUUGUAGGCUUGGACAGCAGAAGGGGAGAGAGAGUGAAGCAUGUUGUUUGACAAACCGCUCCUUAGCUUUACUUGAUCUUAGACGAGAGAUAAUGCUUUAAAAAAACAAACAAAAAAAAAACAGACUACCUGUCUCCCAGAUUGCAUUCAGUAUGGAUUUGUCCUCUUUCUUGCCUGUCAACUGAACUUUCAUUGCUGAUUGCCUCAAUGAACCUUUGGGAUUUAGGAUUACUCUCUAUAAUGGAAGGAUGACUGGCCCCUGGUGGUCAUGUUUUGUAAUAACUGCAAAAACAGCUUGAUAAUGGCACAAUGUGGCAUGAAGGCAAAGUAUUUAGGAUGUGACAAAGAUUACAGUAUUUAUUCUAGAGUAGUUAACAAAUAUGAAAUUUAUUUUGACAUUCUGAGAUGUUGUUUUUGUUAGAAAAUGAUACGUGUACAUAAAAUGUUAUGGCAUACCUUGUAACUAUAAAGACGCCUCUCUUGCAUAUGAAGACUUCCCUGUACUGUUAGGCUAACAUAAUAUAAAUAAGAUGUAAAUAGAGUUCUUUUAUUGCUCCUCUGCAGUGUCGCUGCAUGGUUUGCAGUGUUUGAAUCUUCUUUUCUCCUCCAGCGUGACGUUUUAUAUUACCUAUCUUCAUCCAAACGGUGCGAGGGUUGAUUUAUUUUUGCAUAAUACACAGUCAGAUCAUUGAAUCUGUCGUGAAAAUGGCAUUAUGUAAAGAAUGGGCUUCUGUUAUGAGUAACGAGCUUGGAGCAUUGUUUAAAGACUUUACCUUGAAUCUUUUGCAUCUGGAAAACAAGCCAUCAUAGAGAUCUAGCAGACAUGUUGGCUGGGUUCCAGCUGACUCACUGGUUUGUCCUUGGUGCACCAUUGUUGACUGGGAGCACAAACACUCCUGAUUUUAAUCAAAGGAAAUUUCGGUACAUCACAGCUCCUGAUGCUUCUGCCAAAACCUUGUUACACACAUAUUGGAACAAACAUCGACAAGCAGCAGCCGGUUCAUUGUUUAUUUAAAGUAGCAUGGCUUUGACAGAUGAAUAGGCUUCAUUGUGACUGUUUGCUUUGGCUUGGUGGUGAAUACAAAUGAGGGCGACCUGACCGUCAUUGCCACGCAAAUUAUGAGCCAUGUACACAAACAUCCGGAAAAAUGUUUGCCUUAAGACAUUUAUUUCACUGUACUUGAUGAAAAUAUACCAAAAUGUGGACGAUGUGUUUUGUAUGCACUCAUUAGCCACUUUAUUCGGUACACAUGAUUCUCAAUAAAGUGUCAGGAGUGGCAUCAAGCUGUGCUCUUCUGCUUCAAGGCUGAACGCGUAGUGUGUUCAGAGAUGAUCUUCUGCAUGCGUUGCUUGUAACGAGUGGUUAUUUGAGUUACUGUUGCAUUUUAUUUUGAACAAGUCUGGCUAUUAUCCUAAGAACUCUUGCAUCAUCCAUGCAUUUCACCCAGAGAACCAUUGCUCACUGGAUAUGUUUUUCUUUUUUAGACCAUUCUCUGUAAACCCUAUAAUUCAAAUUCACUUCAAAUCGCCUCUUUCAUCCCCAUUCUGAUGCCCAGUUUGAAUUUGAACUUGCAGGUCAUCUUGACCAUGUCUACAUGCCCUAAAUGAUUGGAGUUACUGCCAUGUGACUGACUUAGUAUUUGCUUUAACAAGCAGUUGAACAGGUGUACCUAAUAAAGUGGCCAUUAGGUGUACAAAGAGGAUGUUUGCUUUUGAGUCAAAAUCAUUUCUUUUUUUGUUUGCUGUAACUGUUAUUGGUAAAAAAGUGUGACAUCACAUGUAGUUGUGGUGCAUUUUGUGCACGUCAACAAGCUGCCCAUUAGUGACCAUGUAGGACAGUUGUGUGUGUGUUAUAUGUCAUGUAAUUUAUUUGUGUGUAUAGACUUCUUCAUUUGAUGGAGUGCCUUGACUUGAGUCCAACAUUCAGGGAUGUCUUCAUUGUUACAUGGUGAUUGGAUGUUAUCCUCAUACAAAUGUGAGAGUAAAGCAAUAUUUCUACAGAUUAUGGUUAGAUCACCCAGGCUACAGUACGUGUCAUCUGUUAACUUCACUUGGGCAAAACUAAGUUCACAGUCAGUGUAGCAGUUAACUUUUGGGGGAAUUGGCUCAGAAUGAAUUAUAUAUUAACCGUUUGGCAGAUGUUUUAAUCCAAGGCAGAUUACAACUGGAAGUGUACACUUCCAGGAAUUGUCUUCCUUGUCCGUGGAGUCUCAGUGCAUGACUGUGGCUUUGUUCUGUCUAACAAUCUUACAAACUUACAACACCAGACAAUUAAACCAGUCAGUGACUUCAUGAAACAACAGUUUGCCUCCUGGAAACAUUUUCUAUGUAACAAACUAGCAAUGUACUCAUUUGUAAUGUGUUUAAUUAAAUUGUUACAGUGACAGUUGGAGGAAAUCUGUGAUAAAUGAGAACAGUGACUCUGGGUGUUUGCUCUUUGACUCUUCUCAAUUUGUUAUCCGAAUCAGCUCCACAGCCUUGGAAACAGAUCAAAGGCCAACAUUGAGCAAAGGCUGAAGCAAUUCACAUUUUGUUGCCGAAUUCACAGAUUAACAUUUAAGGUCC